AUGAAUUAGGAAUCUAAUUUAUUUUAGGAAAGCAUUAAUGAAAGACAACUAGAAAAUAAUCUCAAAGACCUUUUAGAGAGAAUAUUACUAAAUGCUGAAAAAUUUAUUAAUACUAGGGAAGAACUUAAUUAAAUACAAGAAGAACUGAAAGAUUAUGAAAAUUUGUCCCAUCUAAUAGGAAUAAUAAAGGCAGUAUUUACUAAUAUGAUGAUAAAAUUAGAAAAAAAAAUAUCGUAAGUAGUUAAAUUAAUUUCUUAUUAAGCAAAUUAGAAAAUCAAGUAGAUCCUAACUUAUCAUAAACAUAUAAUAUCAGAACAGAAGAAGAAUAUGAAAAAUUGGAAUAAACAAUGAUAAAGUAUGAAGUAGAAAUACGAAAUCACAUAAGAGUAAAAAUAACUUUUAUUUUAGAUUGAAUAAUAACUUAAAUUAUAUGCUGAAUCAAUUUAAACUAAAUUAGAUGAAAGUGAAGCUAAUAGAGUUGAAUUAUUCAAUACAACCAAAUAGUUAAUUAGUGUAAAAUAUUCAAAAUUAGAUAGAAUUUAAAAAGAGAAAAUUAAACAUAUCAUGAAGUCUAAUAGAAACUAAAAAAUGAAGUUAUAUGUUUAAAAUAAAUAAUAAAUGGUCUAGAAAAGGAGAACAUAAAAAAAUCUUCAGAUGUUAGUCAAAGAGACUAAUUAAAACCAAAUUCUAAAGUACCUUAACAGCCAAUCACUUAAUUAUUUCAAUUAUAAAGUAGAUGAUACUUAUAAAAUUAGACUAAAAGAUUGAAAAAUCUUUUUCAGAAUAUAAAGGAAAUUAAAAAUAAUAAUACAAAGGUACAAAAACUGAUGAUAAUGAGAUUCCUAUAAAAUCUUAAUAAUCCUUGAAAUAAAAUUACUAUAACAUCAUUAAUUAUGGUAAUUCAGCAAAUAAGGAUCUAUUAAAAGUAAUUUAAUAAAAGGAUGGCAAUAGAAGCUAUGUAAAACAAUCAAAAAGCAAAAAUAACUCUCUUUCAAAUAUACAAGAUAUAAUAUAAAAUAUCUCUGUGUAAGAUAGAAAAAGAGGUUUAGUUAGUUAAAGUAUUUCAAAAAAUAGUUCAUAAGAAAAUAGUUAAUAAGUUAAAUAGAAAGGUAUUUAUGAUUUUAUGUAGAAUAAGGAAAUUUGAGCAGAAGUAAGACUUCUAGGAGAACAAAAGUAGGAUAAAAAUUAAUAAUAAUGGAAUCUUAAAUCAAAUUAACUUGCUGA